AUGGCUUUCUAUGGCUACAAUGGUGAUGCUGGUGAGUACCAUUGGACUCCUAAUUUCAAUGUCUCUUAUGAUUAUGAUGCUUUUCCAAUAUCAUAUUCUUCCUAUGAGCAAAGUACUAAUUACAAUUACUACUAUACUACUCAAAUACAUCCAGAAUUGAGUUACUCUGUACACAACUCUGUUGAGCCAAAACUAAUCCAGUAUGAAAUUGGUCCUAAUUCAUUGGAAACAAGAACCAUAGUUUCUUGUUAUACCAAAGAACAGGAUGACACUCAGUUUGAUGAAUAUGAUCCAACCCCUUAUGGUGGUGGUUUUGAUAUGGCUCAAAUCUAUGGAAAACCCCUUCCUCCCUCAAAUGAAAUAUGUCAUCCUCCUUCGAGUCCCAAGUCUAAUGGACUUCCAUUACAUGGUUUCGACUAUGGAUCAAAUAAUUCGCCCUAUGUAAGCCACACCAAUCAGCUAGAACAACCUCAAAUUCAAAACAAAGAGAAUGGUGUUAAAGAUGAGCAAAAAUCUUUAUCUGGUGUGAAAGAAAAAACCAGUCUUGAAAAACCUGCUCAACAAGAUGAAGAUUUUGUAGUUGGUAAUGGAAAAACAGGGGAAAAACCCAUUCUUGAAAAACCAGUAGAACCCCUUCAACAAGAUGAAGAUUUUGUAGUUGGAAAUGGGAGUAUAGGGGAAUAUGGAUAUGAUUAUGGGAGGCAAUUGCAACAAAUUCCAUAUGGUUCAGGUUUGGAAUCUAUGGAUUUAUGUGAAAGCUUAUUUGGUUACUGGCCUUGCAUAGCUAAGGAAAACAAGAGAAGAAAUUGUAACUGUGUAAAUGUUGCUGAAGAUAACAGCAGUAGCAGCAAUGAACAAUGGAAAUGUACUGCAGAUUAUCUUUUUGGGAAUCCUUAUGGAUAUGGUGGUGAUGGAAGAGAUUGGGAUUGUGUUUAUAACAAUCAAAGUUACUAUUAUCAUCAGCAACAACUUUAA